AUGGUGAGCGCGGAGAAUGCUCGCCAAGCAGUUGGAGUUGUGGGGAAUGUCCUAUCCUUCGGUUUAUUUCUCGCCCCAGUGCCAACAUUUGCGACGAUCUGGAAGAGGAAGACUGUGGAGGACUUCUCGCCGCUUCCUUACCUUGUGACGCUGCUGAACUGCAUGCUGUGGGUGUUCUACGGCCUUCCAGUGGUGCACCCCGGCACCAUACUCGUCUCCACCAUCAACGGCGUUGGCGUCGUCCUCGAGACCAUCUACCUUUGCAUCUUCUUCUUUUACUCCCCCAACCGCCUCCGUUUACGGGUGCUGAAGUUAUUGGCCUUCGAGCUGGUGUCCAUGGCAGGCGUGGUGAUCGGUGUGAUCCUGGGCGCUCACACUCACUCGAAGAGGCAAGUCAUUGUUGGGGUGCUGUCCGUCGUCUUGUGCACGGCCAUGUAUGCCUCUCCCCUAUUCAUCUUGAGAUUAGUCAUCAGCACAAAGAGCGUGGAGUACUUGCCCUUCUACCUCUGCCUUGCUGGAUUGUUUAAUGGCGCAUGCUGGACAACAUAUGCACUCAUUCGCUUUGACAUUUUCCUCUUGAUUCCGAACGGGCUUGGGGCAUUGCUUGGUGCGGUGCAGGUGCUGAUCUACUUCUACUACCACCACUCGACUUCCAAAGCUCCAUCCAAAGGAGAUUUACCUGCAGCAGCUGCCUGA